AUGCCGAUUAUUGCUAUUCAUGCCCGUUAUAUCUAUGAUUCUCGAGGCAAUCCAACUGUAGAAGUUGACGUCACUACAGAGAAAGGUAUGUUUCGAGCAGCAGUGCCAAGUGGUGCAUCUACAGGUGUGCAUGAGGCACUCGAACUUCGCGAUAAAGAUAAGGCUAUUCAUCAUGGUAAAGGAGUUUUAAAGGCGGUUAAAAAUGUCAACGAACAAAUUGCACCAGCACUGAUUUCCAAAAAGAUGGACCCGACCCAACAAAAGGAAAUCGACAAUUUCCUUCUUCAGCUUGAUGGCACUGAGAACAAAUCAAAAUUUGGGGCUAACGCACUUUUGGGAGUUUCGUUAGCAGUCUGCAAAGCUGGUGCUGCUCAUAAAUGUAUGCCACUGUACAAAUAUAUUGCCGAACUGGCAGGUGUAAAAGAAGUUGUUCUACCGGUACCUGCAAUGAAUGUUAUCAACGGUGGUUCACAUGCUGGCAAUAAACUUGCCAUGCAGGAGUUCAUGAUUAUGCCUGUUGGUGCUUCUUCUUUCACUGAAGCAAUGCGCAUGGGUUCUGAGGCAGAAAUCAAAAAACGAUAUGGGUUGGAUGCUACGGCAGUGGGUGAUGAAGGUGGCUUCGCUCCAAAUAUUCAGGACAACAAAGAGGGUCUUAAUUUGCUAAAAUCAGCAAUUGCUGCUGCGGGAUAUGAAGGAAAAGUUCUUAUUGCGAUGGAUUGUGCAGCUUCAGAAUAUUACAAGGAGUCAGCUAAAAAGUAUGACUUGGAUUUUAAAAAUCCAAAGUCGGACCAAAGUAAAUGGAAAACAGGCGAUGAAAUGUUAGAAUUGUACAAAUCAUUCAUCAAGGAUUAUCCAAUUGUGUCAAUCGAGGAUUGGUUUGAACAAGAUGACUGGUCCAGCUGGACAAAAGGAUUAUCUGCUGUGAAUAUCCAAAUUGUUGGUGAUGACUUGACUGUGACCAAUCCCAAACGAAUUGAGAUGGCCGUGAGCAAGAAGGCUUGCAACUGCUUAUUGUUGAAGGUAAAUCAAAUUGGAACCGUAACUGAGUCUAUUGAAGCAGCAAAUCUCGCACGUAAGAAUGGUUGGGGUGUGAUGGUUUCGCAUCGAUCAGGUGAAACUGAGGACACAUUCAUCGCCGACCUCGUUGUUGGCCUUGCCACGGGACAGAUAAAAACCGGUGCACCGUGCCGAUCGGAGCGUCUUGCAAAGUACAAUCAAAUACUUCGCAUUGAGGAAGAGCUUGGUAAAUCAGCGGUUUAUGCAGGAACAAAAUUUCGAAAUCCGCAAGCAGCAUGA